AUGGUGGUGGUCAUCGUGCACCUCACCCAGCGAAGCUUCAGCGGGUCCAAAAAGCCGCCAAGCAAGCGCAUCGCGCUGCCGAGCUCGCAGCAGUUCCUUGACAGGAAUAUAGUAUAUAGCUUUAUCGGGUUGCCGACGAAUGACAUCGACACCAACAGCGAGAGCCUCGACAGCGGGCAAACGUGCGGCAUCGACGCGAUCCGUCAGCUAACCUUGGUGGACGACCUCGACACGGGAAAGAACACAUGGGACAGAGUCAUGGGAACAUUGCCAGGGAUCUCAUCGCAUUGCCCCUUCAAAGAGCGCCAGAGGACCUGCACGAAGAAGGAGUUCGUGCGGGGAGUGUACCUCAACUACACCACUAAGGAUGGGGACCCUGCGUAUCCAGCGGAGAUGAUUGAUUUUGCCGGACUCUGGCACAUGGCGGACGGCAGGUGGUCAGACGAUGCCGAGAAUUUCCUGGCGUGGGAGCACUACGGCUCGCACCGCAUCGAGGCCGUUCCUGCCGGUUCACGGGAGGCCGCGGGUGGCGCGGCCUUCAGAAUUGUCACGUCCGAUCUCGGAAGUCUGGACGUCCGCCCAGGCUUCUCGCGCGUCGGGGCCGAUAUGUUUUUCAACGGGGCGGGGGAGCCGACGAUGAUUCGCACGCCAGACGGUCAGGACGUCUGGAGGGCAAAGGCGGAGUCAGCGACGUGGCAGUAUUGGAAAUUCGUAUUUCGCUCCUCGCUCUUCCUCAAGGUCACGCUCGUGGACCACCUCUGGGCCACGCACUUCACGGCGGCCAACUCCAUGGCCGCGGCGGCGCGGGAGUCGUUGAGCCCCACUCAUCCGUUGAGGCGUUUGUUGACCAUGUUCACGUUCAACACGAUCCAAGUCAACUCCAAUGCGUUCCACCAGCUGCUGGGUCCGGACGCCCUUCUCCAGCGAAGCACACCUUUUUAUGAUUUCCGCGAGGUCUCGCUGCUCGCAGAGGUCGCCAUCACUCCGCUGACGAAGUCCUUCGGGUUCUUCCUGGACGAGACGGUCAGGAGUGCCAUGCCCGCCCGAGUCCAGGAGACGCCCUACGCUCAGGAUGGUCAGCUCAUCUUUGACGCGCUGCAGGACUUCGUGGCGAGCUGGUUUGACCUCUAUGGUGGCCGUUGGUGCUCAGGCGGUGCCGUCUCGGACCCAGCGAUGCUGUUGUUCUUCGAGCGCGUGCAGGCGUGGUCGAUGUAUCAGCAGCACGCGGAGGUGGAUGCGUCAUUCUUGGGACUACGCGAUGGGGACGGGGGCCUCCAGUGUGCGGGGCUGCAGAAGUGGCUAACCAUGCUGUUUUUCCAGGUCACCGGCUACCACCGUCACGUGGGGACAGUGGCCGACAGCGCCGCGGACCCAGACUUCGCGGGCUUCUCGUGGGCGGAGGGCAGGGCAUACACGCCGCCGCGGCAGGCCAUCCAGCUUUCGCUCAUCUCGGCAACAACCUCAACCGUUUGGCCAAAGCUCAACCAGGAUUACACCCACUUGGCGCAGGGGAUAGAGAAGUCGGCGGAGGCCGUGCAGAUCUUUCAGACGUUCCGUGUGAAGCUGGAGGAUAUCGCAAAGACCAUCGACGCUCGGAACAAGGAACGGCCCAUCCCGUACAUGCAGAUGCACCCGGACCACGUCGAGUGUUCGGUGGCCGUCUGA